AUGCCUCGGCUACCUCGUUACGAGUACACGGGUCCGGUGGAUUGUAGCAUUCCACCAGAUCGGGAAGUCCUCAAAGGCAAGAGUGUCAUUAUUACAGGCGGGGCAAAUGGCAUGGGCUUAGAGACAGCACGCGCCUUCGCGACCGAAGGAGCUUUCGUUACUAUCGCUGAUCUUGACGAUGUACAAGGAAAGAAAGCUGUGGAGGAGUUAGGCCCUAACACCCAAUUCGUCAAAUGCAACAUCUCAUUAUGGGAAGAUCAAGUCACUGUUUUUGAAGCUGCUAUUGAAAACUCCCCUUGUCGAAGCUGCGAUAUUGUGAUUGCCAAUGCGGGCAUUAGUCGUGCCUCUGGAGAUGAUCUCUGGCCUCUGGAUGAUCCUAAUGCCCCACCUGUGAAGCCCCAGCUUAAUAUUGUGAAUGUCAAUUUGGUUGGCACCAUGUAUACUUGGAAGCUGGCGGUUCAUUACUUCCGCAAGCAACCGGAUACCGAAGAUCGAGACCGGUGCUUUAUUAUAAAUGGCAGUCUAGUUGCGUGGAUUGAUUCUCCAGCCAACUGGCAAUAUACCAGCAGCAAGUAUGGACUACGAGGUCUAAUGAGAACGGCCCGCCGGAACACCCAUGAACAGGGAAUUCGAAUCAAUUACGUCGCACCAUGUUACAUCAAAAGUGCAAUUCGAUCAGCUGCUUACGAGGCUGAGCUGAUUUCCAAGGGAGUAGAGUUUGCGCCGCCUGAAGAUGUUGCUACUUGUAUGAUGAGACUUGCCACAGAUCGAACAAUAAAUGGUCACUCACUCGUGAUCACGCCGAGAUCUGUUGCGAAAGAAGGUUUCAUGGAUGUGAAUAUGGAUGAUCACGUUGAGGAAGGCUUCUUCAAGCGAAAUCAGGAGACUCAGUUGAGAAUUAUUGAAGAUAAAUGGGAGCCUGGCUGGAGCAAAGGACGAAGUGCAGAGGGAGCCAAAAAGGCAUAA